AUGACCGACUCGCCAUUUGUGCGCUUCCCGCUCGACCCCAAGGAACAACCCAUCCUCGACCGCCUGCUCGGUCUGCGCGACCAGCUCUCGGUCCUCAAGAGCGACCGCUCGUCAUACAUCCGCACCCAGGAUGUCUUGGACCUUUACAAGAGAUUGAUCGGAGAGGUUGAGAAGCUCAACGAGCUGCGCACCGACAAGCGUGACGAACAGAACAGGGUCGACACAGUCCUCGACGACUGUUUCCAGCUCGUCUCCCUAUUCUUCCUUACCAUCGGGCGCAACCAAGAAGCUCCCGCUGUCUACUCUGCUGUGUCCACAGUAAAGGAAGCCGGCUUCUACCUACCCCAAGACCUCGAAUCCAUCGAACACAACCUCCGAAAAUGGCGCUCGUCAGUCGAACGUGGCAAGGACGUCCACAGCGACUCACUGAUGACACUGCUCGAAGCACGCAUCGAUGUCUGCUACCAAACCCUCAAAGAGCUACAGGCUUCGCUGUCCCAACUCGACCCCGAACUCAUGGGCUACUACGAAAAGCUUGUCUCGAUCCUGCGUUCUCUCUCGGCUUGCAACACACGAUCAAAAUUCCCGGUCAAGGAGGUUGAAGAACUGGAGGAGCAGCUCAAGCAAAUCCAAACAGAAUUGAAAGAUGCCGGUGUGUCACACGAGGGCAGGACGGCCGAAGAGGCAUACGCCGAACGCCUGCAACAANNGCAAGGCAAGGUUGAUGAGCGUUUCCGCGACACAUACGACAAACUCGUCAAGCUACGCAACAUUCUCGACAACAUGAACCUUACCCAGGCCUGGUCGUUGCGCGAGACAGACUUGUACAGCUACCAACGACAACUCGACCGCAUUGACGAAUCUCGUGUCGAUGGCAACUUCCUCGACGCCGAAGGAAAGCCUGCUGAUCUACAUUCGCAAAGGGUAAUUCCACCUCAUCCCACUGUUCUUGGUGCCUUACUAAUACCUGACUCCACANNGACACUACUCUACCUGCUUCGUAAGAGUUACUCAUACAUCUAUCACUACAUCAUCUCGUCAGAGCCCGUCUCAGAAGCCUUGCUGCCCAUCUACAACCAACUUCUCACCCUCAAACGCUGUCUGCUCGAGGUAAAGCGCUCGGGUGGUGUCGAUUCUCCUCGCGAGCUGUACCCAUACAGCAUGAAGGUACGCCAAACUUACUCCUUGAUCUUUUUGCACAUUCAUACUGACCACGGCUCANNGCUUAAUUCCAUCGACAACAUGAAGAAAGACGGCAAAUUCAUGGUUGGCGACGACAUUCCCGAAGGCCAGGGUAGUGUUACAUCAUUGCUCGCCGAAUGUUUCGACAUUGCCUACGAUCUCAGAAACGAGGCCGAGGAGCGUCAAGACGAGGCCGAGUUGGCCGAGACCACCGAGUCCAAGGAGUAA